UAAAUUCUUAUUGGACACUUAGAGAUGAGAUGAUAAGUGCAUAAACAACAUCUUUAACAUUAUUGUUUUACCUUUGAAGAUUUCAUUUCAAUUACUUUGAUGGAGUUCGGUUCUUCUUCAUCAUCAGCAUCUUCAUCUUCAUCCUUCUUAAAAUCAGAACCGGUGUUCAUAUAUGAUGUGUUCAUCAACUUUGGGGGAGAAGACAUCGGUAGAAGGUUCGUUUCUCAUCUCCAUUCUUCCCUUUUACAAGCUCAAGUCAAAACUUUCAUUAGCCAGGAGAAUCUGCAAGAAGGAAUGAAGUUGGAAGAACACAUGGGAGAAAUAGCAGCCUCUAAGAUCGCAAUAAUCGUUUUCUCCAAAACAUACGCUGAAUCUACAUGUUGUCUUUUUGAGCUUGAAAAAGUAAUUGAAUGCCACCAAACCUUUGGGCAAAUUGUUCUGCCCAUAUUUUACGAGAUUGACCCAUUGGAUGUAUAUCUUCAGAAGGGUGAUUUUGGAAAAGCGUUGGAAGAAGCUGCACACAAAAGCUACUCAGGAGAACAACUGGAACAUGUGUUGUUCAGGUGGAGUUGUGCACUCACCAAAGCUGCAGGUAUCAGUGGUUGGGAUCUCAGAAAUUUCAGGCAUGAUGCUGAACUUGUGGAGGUAACUGUUAACCGCGUUCAGAAAUUGCUGGAUUAUCAAGGCUUGUUUAUUACCCAAUUUCCUAUUGGAUUAGAGUCGCACGUGGAAGAGGUGAUCGGAUGUAUUGAAAAUCAUUCCACCAAAGUAUGUAUGAUAGGGAUAUGGGGAAUGGUAGGAUCGGGUAAAACAACCAUAGCCAAAGCCAUCUAUAAUCGAAUUUAUCGUCCAUUCAUUGGUAAGAGUUUUAUUGAAAAUAUUGGAGAAGUUUGGGAUCAAGUAUACAGAACACAUGUUGAUUUGCAAGAAAAUUUUCUUUAUGAUGUUCUAAAAUCCAAGCUCAAGUUGGAAAGCGUUGGGAUGGGAAGAACUAUGAUCAAGAAUGAACUUUCUCGAAGAAAGUUGCUCAUUGUGCUUGAUGAUGUGAAUGAGUUCGGCCAAUUAGAAAACCUAUGCGGGAAUCCUGAAUGGUUCAGUCAAGGAACUGUGAUAAUCAUUACAACUAGGGAUGUUCGAUUGCUGAAGCGAAUCGAAGUUAAUUAUGUUUAUAAAAUGGAUGGUAUGAACGAAAAUGAUUCCCUUGAGCUUUUCUGUUGUCAUGCCUUUGGAGAAGCAAGAACAAGAAACUUGAACGAAAUUGCAAGAAACAGAGUUUCUUAUUGUGGAGGACUACCGCUGGCACUUGAGGUCUUAGGUUCCUUUUCAUGUAAAAAGACAAUGAGAGAGUGGGAAAGUGUACUGUCAAAAGUAAAAUUAAUUCCCUUGGAAGUUGAAAAGAAAUUGAAAUUAAGUUUUGACGGUUUAAACAAGGAGGAAAUGGAUAUAUUUCUUGAUGUAUGUUGUUUUUUUAUUGGUAAAGAAAGAGGCUAUGUCACAGAGAUACUAAAUGGCUGUGAACUACAUGCUGAUAUUGGAAUAACAGUUCUCAUAGAAUGUGGCCUCAUAAAAUUUGGAAGGAACAACAAACUUGAAAUGCAUCCUUUGUUUCGAGACAUGGGAAGAGAAUAUAUAUGUCAGAGAUUUUUAAAGGAACCAUGGAAAAGGAAACGGUUAGGGUUUCAGGGUGAUGCAAAAUAUGUACUAAAAAAGAAUAUUGGGACAGAAGCUACUGAAGGAUUGUUCCUGAAAAUGCAUUCAACUAGCAGAGAUUACUUCGAAGCUCAUGCUUUCAAGAAAAUGAAGAGAUUAAGAUUGCUACAAUUGGAUCAUGUACAACUUGCUGGAGAUUAUGGGUACCUUUCAAAACAACUCAGAUGGAUCUGUUGGAAAGGGUUUCCUUCUAAAUACAUUCCAAACAAUUUUCAUAUGGAAAAUUUAAUUGCAAUGGAUUUAAAGUAUAGUAAUCUUCUACUUGUUUGGAAACAAUCCCAGGUUUUAGAGCAGUUAAAAUUCCUUAAUCUUAGUCACUCCAAGUACUUGAGAGAAACACCCGACUUUUCAGGGCUACCGAGUCUUGAACGACUCAUUCUAAAAGAUUGCCCAUGUUUGUGCAAAGUACACCCAUCCAUUGGAGAUCUCUGCAAUCUACAACUCAUAAAUUUGAAGGAUUGUGCAAGUCUAAGCAAUAUCCCUAGAGAGGUAUACAAGUUGAAAUCUUUAAAAUCUUUCAUCCUCUCUGGUUGUUUCAAGAUUGAGAUAUUGGAAGAAGAUAUAGUGCAGAUGAAAUCAUUGAUAACUCUAGUUACGGAAAAUACAGCUGUGAGACGAGUGCCCUGUUCAGUUGUAAGCUCAAAAAGCAUUGGAUAUAUAUCCCUACGUGGAUUUGAAGGAUUGUCACAAAAUCUUUUUCCUUCAAUCAUUCGAUCUUGGAUGCGACCAAUGGUGAAUCCCCAAUCUUAUUUUAGUCCGUUUUGCAUGGAUAUGGAUAAUAAUAAUUGGCGUGACCUUGCACCAUUGCAUAGCGGCCUUGCAAAUAUUCGAAGUUUGUUGGUUCAGUGUGACACAACAUUUCAACUAUCUGAGCAAGUGAAAACAAUUCUUGUCGAAUACAGUUUAAAUUUUACAGAGCAAAGAAUUUCAAACCAUUACUUGAGGUUUUCUUUGAUUGGUGUUGGAAGUUACAGUGAAUUCCUCAACACUCUCAGCGAUAGCAUUUCUAAGGGAUUGGCAAGCAGUGAGUCUUGUGAUGUUUGUCUUCCAGGUGACAACCAUCCUUACUGGCUCGCCCAUAUCGGUGAGGGACGUUCUGUUUCUUUCACUGUGCCUCAAGAGCGUGACUUGAAGAGAAUGGCUUUGUGUGUUGUUUAUUUAUCAGCCCCUGAAUUCAUGGCAAAUGAAUGUUUUCAAAGCGUCUUGGUUGUUAAUUACACAAAGUGCACAUUGCAGAUACACAAUCAUGGCACAGUAAUUUCCUUUAACGAUAGAGAUUGGGAGGGUAUAAUAUCAAAUUUAGGAUCAGGAGAUAAGGUGGAGUUUUUUGUGACUUUUGGUCAUGGAUUGGUGGUCAAGAACACAGCUAUCUAUCUCAAUAUAUGGUGAACCAGCAAAGGCUUGGAAAUGGGGCCUUGCACUGACCCAAAGGAAAAUGCUUUGAAUAAAUUCACUAAGUAAAUAGUAAUGUGUGGCUUCUGUAAGUUAUUGUUCUUAUUGUUCUUCUUUGGGACAGAUAAGGAUCUCUUGAUGUAUGGAAUAAAAUCCUAGUGUCCUUGUUUAUAGUUUAGUUCUUUGCAUGGUUUUCUUGAGUCUGUUAGGUAGUAGUUUAUAGUUAAGAAGUAUCUAACCAUGUAGAAACUAUUCUGAUCGAAAAUUGUGCAAAUAUUACAAAAUCGGAA